AUGAAAGGAAACGAUGAAUUAAAAAAAAAAUGGCCGUUCAUUUUUCGUUUUAAUUUUUCACACUUUUUACUUCAACCUCCUCCUGGAUCCCCACUCCUUCGUCCUCUCUCUUUCUCUCUCUCUCUCUUUUCCUCUCUUUCCUCUUCUCUCUCUUCUCCUCUCUCUCUCUCCUUUUCCUUCUCUCUCUCUCUCUCCUUUUCCCUCUCUCUCGUUCUCUUUUACUUCUUUUCAUCUAUCUAUGUAGCUAUCUGUCUCAUUCUGCUCAUAUCUAUCUAUCUUUUCUUUCUUCAUUUACUUCUCUCUAUGUAUCUAUUUAAUUCUGCUCAUAUCUAUCUAUCUAUCUAUCUAUCUAUCUAUCUAUAUAUAUAUAUAUAUAUAUAUAUAUAUAUCUUUUCUUUAUUCAUGUACUUCUAUAUAUCUAUGUAUCUAUUUCAUCCUGCUCAUAUCUAUCUAUCUACUAUCUAUCUAUAUUUUCUUUAUUCAUUUUCUUCUAUAUAUCUACGUAUCUAUCUAUUUCAUUCUGCUCAUAUCUAUCUAUCUAUCUAUCUAUCUAUCUAUCUAUCUAUCUAUCUUUUCUUUAUUCAUUUGCUUCGAUAUAUCUAUGUAUCUAUCUAUUUCAUUCUGCUCAUAUCUAUCUAUCUGUCGAUCUAUCUAUCUUUUCUCUGUAUGGCUUUUUACCGGCACAAACUGCGUAAACGCAGCUUUUUUAAGACAGAAAGGUGUAAUAUUAUAAAAAGAUUCUUCUCACGCAACUCCCAUUUUUCCCGUCUCAGUGAAAUCGUCACACAGAGGAAAAAUAUUAUCAGACUUCCAAGGAUCCUGAGGUGGCGUACCUUUUUUGUCUGGGCAUUGGCGCUAUCCAAAAAUCAAAUUAGCUAUAUUUAUAGAAGUCUGGCACAAGAUCAGCGAACACAGUGA